ACACGUAAACACCAUCACAGCGAGCAGCACCCAUGGCCUGCAGGUCCUGUUCACCCUGUCAGCCGAGCAGCGAUGAUACAAAUAAAAAGCCGCAUGAGAUACAGCGCGCUGGGCAUCGCCGCUGCGAGGCUGGUUUCCUCCGGUCCCACCAAAAACCCAGUGGUGUUUUUGGACAUCGAGGCCGACAGUGAGUCUCUUGGAAGAAUAAUCAUUGAGUUGAGUGCAGAUGUCGUGCCAAAAACUGCAGAAAACUUCAGAGCACUGUGCACUGGGGAACAUGGCUUUGGAUACAAGGGAUGUGUGUUUCACAGGGUCAUACCAGAUUUCAUGUGUCAGGGAGGGGAUUUCACAAAACACAACGGCACAGGAGGAAAAUCUAUAUAUGGGAAAACGUUCAAGGAUGAAAACUUCAAAUUAAAACACACCGGUCCAGGAACUCUUUCCAUGGCAAACUCGGGGCCAAACACCAACAGCUCCCAGUUCUUCAUUUGCACGACUAAAACUGAAUGGCUUGACGGUAAACACGUGGUGUUCGGGCAGGUGAAGGAAGGUAUGGACGUGGUAACUAAGAUGGAAUCCUUUGGUUUACACGAUGGCGGCGUGAUCAAGAAAAUUGUCAUCACUGACUGCGGGGAAAUCAAAUAACACCUAAGAUUGCACAGGGACUUCUGUGGGGUGACUCACUAUGCAGCCAUUUGGUAUUUACUUUAUCUGUCCUCCCGUUUUCAUGAUACUUUCAAGGAGGAGCUGUCACAGGUGAUCCUGUUCUUCCCUAAAAUCUGAUAUUUCUACCGUGGAUUACAAUUUUAAAAGAUCCGUAGAUUUAGCUUCAAAUCAUCAGAUAUGACAAGUUUACAUUGCGUGUUUGCUUAUAAAUAAUGCUAACAAUGGAAAGACUGGUAGUUACACUGGUACAUUUUUAUCUUGGCUCUUACUGAUCUCUUGUUUUUCUACGUUUUACCUUGACCCAGAAAGUUGUUGUUGUGCGAUUACUCUCUAUUUCCUGCCAAAUAAAUGAACAUUUUCAGA